AUGAAUGCUAUUAAAUUAGAAAUGAAUAAUAAACAAACAAAUGAUAUUAUUUGUAAAUCAUUUUGUUUAAAAAAUAUAUGGAUUUUGUUUAUAAUUAUAUUACCAUUGAGUGGAAUUAUAAUUGGUUUUAUAUUUCGAAAUGAUUGUCCUUUAGAAAAAUAUAUUCCACUUUGGGAAAUAAUUAAUGGUUUUAUAACAAUUAUUUUUCUUUUAUUAAUAUUUAUAACAAAACAAUUUUUUCAUGAAAUUCAAUAUCGAAAUUGGUCGAUAUUUAUUAUUGAUCAAUUAAAAAUUUUAUUAAUUUUUUUUCUUUUUCUUUGGUUUAUAUGUGGAAAUAUAUGGGUCUAUAAAUAUUAUAGAAUAGUCAAAUAUGACAAACAAAUAUUAUUAUCGAAUAAAAAAACAAUUGAAAAUUUUUAUUGUAAUAAAAUUGUUUAUUUAUAUGCAUUUUGUUAUCUAAGUCGAAAAAUGGUUGUCACAUAUGUGACGGGAAAUAAGAAUAAAUUAGUGGAAGUUCAAGCGAUACUGGCCGAUGCAUUACCAAACUUAAGAUCACAAGAUCUUGAUUUACCUGAAUAUCAAGGUGAACCUGAACAGAUAACUAAAGGAAAAGCAAUAUUAGCUGCUCAACGUAUAAAUGGUCCUAUUUUGGUUGAAGAUACGUCUCUACAUUUUAAUGCUUUACAUGGUCUUCCCGGUCCAUAUAUUAAAUGGUUUUUAGAUAAAUUAGGUCAUGAUGGUUUGAAUAAAUUACUUGCUGCUUAUGAUGAUAAAACAGCAUAUGCACAAUGUGUAUUUGCAUUUUGUGCUGGACCAUCUCAUCAACCUAUUACAUUUACUGGUCGUUGUCCAGGACGUAUUGUACCAGCACGUGGACCAAAUACAUUUGGAUGGGAUCCUAUAUUUCAACCAGAUAAUGAACAAGGGCAAGCAGGAGAGAAAACAUUUGCAGAAAUGGAUAAAACAAUAAAAAAUCAAAUCAGUCAUCGAAGUCGAUCAUUACAAUUGGUUAAAGACUAUUUUGAUAAACAUCCAGAAUAUGUUUCGUAA